AUCUUACCCUCACAAACCCUAAAGGGUUAGUACACUCCGUCCUUCUCUCAUUCUCUCUGUGCAAGUCUCUCUUCCAACCGCCGUUUGGAUAGCCAGCCACCGCCUACUCCGGCGACCUAAAAGAAGUUUCGAACCAUCAACACAUUCAGACUGUCGUGCUACCGAACCAUCACUUUUUACUCUCUACACAUGGAUACUGGCGCAAUUGAAAAUUCCGUCAAUAAACUCAAGUCUAGUAGAAAUGAAAAUGAUGAAUAUGCGGAUGAAGAUGAAGAUUUCGUUGAUGAUUCUGAUGAUGAAGAGCUUGAACCUAUCACUCUUGGUUUUCUGGAAAAGCCGAAAAAUCCUUGGACUCUUUCCCGUCAGUUUUUCCCAAGCAAAGCUGGAGGACUCCCGGCUUGGCUUGAUCCUCUGAAUAUUCCAACUGGGAAGUCUUCUGUGUGUGACUUUUGUGGAGACCCUUUACAUUUUGUGCUUCAGGUUUAUGCACCAGUUGUUGAGAAGGAUAGUACAUUUCACCGGAUGCUAUUUGUUUUCAUGUGUCCUUCCAUGACAUGUCUUCUCAGAGAUCAGCAUGAACAAUGGAAACGCAAUCCAGAGCAACCAUCCAGAAGUGUGAAGGUUUUCCGUUGCCAGUUACCUCGGGUUAAUUCUUUUUACUUGAGUGAAUGCCCCAAAUAUGAUGGAAACGACAAACCUACUGGAAGUGGAGCUGCUCUAUGUGAUUGGUGUGGUACCUGGAAAGGAGACAAACUCUGCAGUAGUUGCAAACAAGUGCGGUAUUGCUCUGAGAAACACCAGUCCAUGAGUUGGCGUGCAGAGCAUAAAAUUGCUUGCCAGCAAAUAAAAGUUUCUUCACUUGCUAAUGGACCCAACAAAAAUGGAACCACCUCGUUGGAGUCUCGUAAAGUUGGAAACAAAAACACAUGGCCUGAAUUUGAGAUCAUCGAAGAUCAAAGUGAAUGUAACGUAGAUACAUCUGAGGAUAAUACCUUAUCUAAUUCCUUGAUCUCAAGGAAUAGGAGUGAUGACACUAUGAAUUCACUCAUGGAUAGUUUUCAGGGUGAUGAUGACAAAAAGAGUUGGGCCCACUUCCAGGAACGCAUUGCCAAUGCCCCUGAACAAGUGUUGAGGUAUUAUAGGAAUUCUAAUGCCAAGCCAAUUUGGCCUAUUUUAAGUGGCCGGCCGUCCAAAGAUGAUAUCCCUAAAUGCACCUAUUGCGGCGGAUCCAUGUGUUGCGAAUUUCAGAUUUUGCCACAACUGUUGUAUUAUUUCGGGGUGGAGAACGAAACAAACUCUUUGGAUUGGGCUUCGAUUGUUGUGUACGCAUGCGAAGCCUCUUGUGAAGCAAGUUUGCCUUACAAGCAUGAAUUUCCCUGGGUUCAACUUUAUUCACCUUCUGCUGCCCAAUAUUGAAGUUUUUGAGAGUGAAGAUAGUUUUUCCAGCCUGGGUAGGAAGUAUGAGAUAUGAUUUUCUUCAUUUGCUUCAGCCAACAAUUUUGGAUUAUAACAGGGCCUUGUGUAGUUUAUAUGCUUGUUUUUGCGUAUGUUGGAAGAAAUUUUGCCCCUUAUCAGAUAGAGUAUAUAGUUUAUUUUAUUCUAUUUUUACAUAGAAUAUAUCCCAUGUAAUUCUGCCAAGAGAUUCUUACACCAACUUCACACCUUUUCUUUCUCUUUCA